AUGCUUAUGGUCACUGUCACCUCUGCUGACCAGAACCUGCACACACCCAUGUACUUCUUCCUCAGGAACCUGUCCAUCUUGGGCAUGUGCUUCAUUUCCAUCACUGUCCCCAAUGCCUGUGUCAACUCUGUCACUGGCAACAGGGCCAUUUCAGUGGGUGGCUGUGCAACCCAGAUCUUCUUGGUCAUUUUUUGUGCAUGUGUUGAACUUCUUUUUCUUACCAUCAUGGCCUGGGGCCGCUAUGUGACCAUCUGCCAGCCCCUCCAGUACCCCAUCAUCAUGAACCCUCGGUUUUGUGUCCACAUGACCCUGGCUUCCCUGCUCAGUGGCCUGGUGUAUGCAGGUGUGCACACUGGGAACGCAUUCUGGCUGCCAAAUGUGGUCCAUCAGUUCUUCUGUGAUAUUCACUCUCUGCUGAGGCUCUCCUGCUCUGACACCAACAGUAACAUGGUCCUUAUUCUUCUCAAAGGCUCAGUGCAUCCGUCCUUGGAAGCAGCCCACUGGACAACUGGAUUUGCUCCAGUCCUGAGCACAGAGUUCCCACCUCCACAGAGGCCAUCUGCCUACGAGCCUGGAUCUCACCUCACAUGCACCACCCUGGCCAGUGUGUUAUGCAAGAGCUUUGAUGAGUAUUGUGUGGAUCAGAAAUCUGUUGCUGGCUGGCUCCUUGAUAAUAUUGCUGAGUUCUUUGAGUUCCUGGGAGAUUGGAAUGAACAAAAAUUCCAAUAG